AUGGUGCAGCAGAAGAGAUGGGAUUCCCUCGGGUACUUCCCGGGGGGGCUUCUGAGAUCCCAGGAAAGCCGAGAAGCCCGUGCCCCGGCCCGAGGAGAGGGGCGAGGGCAGGAAGAAGUCUGCGGGUGUCGGCGACCCCUUCCCAUGGGAACGAGCCUUUGCGGGGCGGUGACGAGCACGAAGACCGGGGCGGGGGAGCCCUGGGGACCCCGGGCAGGGCAGGGGAGCCCCGAGCCGGGCCGGGACCGCCGCCACCGGGUGGCGUCCGGCAGCAGGGCUGCGGCGGGACCGGGGCCGCGGGGAGCUCCGCACAUCGCUCCGCACAUCGCUCCGCGCAUCCCAGCGCAUCCCAGCGCAUCCCAGCGCAUCCCAGCGCAUCCCGCGCAUCCCAGCGCAUCCCGCGCAUCCCAGCGCAUCCCGCGCAUCCCAGCGCAUCCCGCGCAUCCCCAGCGCCCGACACCCACCCGCGCCCUCUCUGUCCGGCCCCUGUCCGAGCCCCUGCAAGCGCUCUCGCCCUCCCCGUCCCCGGGGACGCUGCGCGGGUGCGGAGCCGGUGCCGGGUGCGGCGGGGCCGCCCCAGGACUACAGGUCCCGGCGUGCCCGGCCCCGCGGAGCCGGCGGCGGGGCGGGGGCCGGCGCCUGCGCGGGGCUGCGGGGCCGCUCCGCGGUGCCACACCCCCGGGGGAGGGAGGCAGGAGCGCCCGAGCCCUCAAACCACCGGGGGAGCCGGCGGGGCGGAGGAUGGAGUAG